AUCAGUGUUGGAUUUUGUUUAGACACAGAAGCUUAACGAUAAGCAAAAUAAUCUUCCGUAAACGGUUUUAACAUUGAAUUAUAUGAAAACUAAAUACACACUAUGAUCCAUGCACUAAGUGAAUAGAAAACAUGAAAGAAUAGCGUUGUCAGUUAUUGAAUUGUUUGUCAGUCGUGCAAUAACAAACAGUAGACACCGGAAUCAUUAUUGAACAACUAGUGCUGGUGCAAAGUUAAUUUUUUUUUAAAUUCAAUUUCAUGUAGAAUCCAAACGGAGUGGAAUUAAUAAUUUGUGCAACGGAGAUUUUUAUUACAAAUUGCUGGAAGGAUGGUCGAAGAAAAGGCGCCGAGCAAAAAAAAUGAAACUCUUUUCAAGGAGAUGUCUUUUAGCAAAAAGGUUCGCUACAUUUACGAUCACAUAACACUUGAACCUUUGGUGGCAUGUUUUGUGUUGCCGAGCAUGCUCUUGAUGUUGGGAGUGCAAAAUUUAAAUUUAGAAAAAGCGUGUCGUGUGAAUUUGAAUUAUAAUCAAACCGUUUGUGAUGCGCUCCGAAAUCGUGAUACAUCACAUUAUGCCGAUGAAGAGGUGGCCAUUCAAAAGCUCGUCGCCCGAAUGACCGGAUGGAAAGUGGCGUUAAACAGUGCAAUUCCUUGUUUUCUAAUUCUAUUCUUCGGUUCGUGGAGUGAUCGACAUGGAAAACGAAAACCAUGCAUUCUGAUACCACUGUGUGGACAAAUUAUGAUGGCAUUUUCGUUACUGUUGUGCAUUUACUUUGAACGAACACCAAUUGAAGUGGCUAUUUUUGUAGAAGUCUUCUUUCCAUGUAUCACCGGAAGUCAUUUCACAAUGAUGGUCGGUAUUUUCAGUUAUAUGGCUGAUAUAACUAAGGAACGUGACCGAACUGUUCGCAUUGGAAUCAUAAGCUUGGUUUAUUCAGUUGGCAUGCCAUUUGGCAUGGCUUUUUCGGGAAUACUUAUAAAGAGAGUCGGAUUCUAUGGAGUAUUUGCAUUGGCUGGCACACUGUAUACAACGGCAUUGUUUUACGGAAUUUUUGUGCUAAAAGAGGUACCGCCGAAGGAGAAGGAUCAACAAAUUAUCAAAAAAUCAUUUUUGGCUGACUUCUUCGAUUUUGCUCACAUCAAAGAUACAUUUUUGGUGGCGUUUAAGACUCGUGCCAAAAAUCGUCGUAUGAAGAUUCUCGUAUUGAUGGCCGUGGUUAUUAUCGUCGUUGGACCUUUACAUGGUGAAAUGUCAUUGUUUUAUUUGUUUACGCGAUACAAGUGGAAUUGGAGCGAAGUGGAAUUCAGUUUUUUCUCUACGUAUAGCGUCGGGGUUCAUUUGCUUGGGACUGGUUUUGCAAUGAGCAUUCUUUCAAGCAUGUUCAAAGUGGAUGAUGCACUUAUCGGUUCAAUGGCCAGUUUUUCGAAAAUUCUAUCGAGCUUUGUGUAUGCCUUCUCUCAAGUGGAAUGGCAUAUGUUUAUUGGUCCGGUAGCUGAAAUAAUUGGUGGUGCAGCAUUGAUUGCAAUGCGAUCAUUGGCAUCGAAAAUUGUGUCGAGUAAUGAACUAGGCAAAGUGAAUUCCCUUUUUGGAAUUGUCGAAUCAAUUGCGCCACUAAUUUACUCACCAGUUUUGGCCGCGAUAUAUUCAGCCACCUUAACUACGAUGCCGGGUGCUUUCUUCCUAGUCGGUGGGUGCAUGUCUUUUCCCGGAAUAUUGCUCUUCUUAUGGAUUUAUACGAUAAAUCGAGCCGAAGCCAGAGAGAAAGCUCAAAACGAUGCAACCGCAAAUGUACAAAAAGUCGAUGAGAAACCAACCGAAGUCUAUUUACAAAAUGAGGGAUUGUCUGUGAUAACCGAAAUGAAAAACCUAUAGAAUUGUGGUGAUACAAUUAGUGUGAUACAGUGUGCUGAUUUGUUACUCCUCAACGUAUAAAUUUAACCAUUUUUGUACGUUUGGGUAGCAUUAUUUCCUUUCAAGAUAUCUUUUUCACAAUAAACGUUAUUUUUAUGAGCGUUUUAUCUUGAAAUUUGAAAAUAUACAAAUGAAUGAAUCAUCUUCUAAAAUAUUAUAUAAUAAAAUAAAUUCAUAUAAACUGUUCCAA